GUGUAGUUUUAAUUAUCCGCAUCAAAUGGAAAGGCAAAAUGUAAAGCAACAAGUUUAGCCAAAACCCGAGCCACCCCUUGUGUCUAUCUUCUUCAUUCAUUUUUAAUAUUAAUAACCAAUUUCUAUAAGUCCUUUCCCAUCUGCAAACUGGAAGCAGAAAAAGGGAAAAUAAUCAAAUAUUAUUAGUAAAAUCGCCAAUUUUGUCACAGUUCUCCAUGCUGCAGUCUCUAUCCAUAGCUUUCGGUGUUAAAGGAGUCUUUAAUCCUGACUGGUGAAGGGCCAUAAGAGGUUAGUUACAAACUUACAAGAAAUUUAUGGGUUCAGGCAUUUCAUGGGAGUAGCCGAAGAUAGUGAACCACCCUUGAAACGUGUGAAAGGGCCCUUGGAAGAAUCCAAGAGCUUGCCGGAGGAUCAUUCAACCACAAAAUCUGUUUCUUGCUCUUUGGGAGAUCAGAUGGCUAGGCCUCUAACCUCCCAAGGGGAUGGGGAAACAAUUGGUUCACAAGGUGUUAUAAGAAAAGCAGAAUUUAUUAAAAUUAUAACUAGGGCAUUGUACUCGCUUGGUUAUGACAAAAGUGGUGCCCUUCUAGAGGAGGAAUCGGGAAUACCAUUGCAUUCUUCGGUGGUUAAUCUAUUUAUGGGGCAAGUGACCAAUGGGAAAUGGGAUGAUAGUGUGGCCACAUUGCGAACGAUUGGUCUCUCAGAUGAAAUAAUGAAGUCAGCAUCCUUCUUGAUUUUGGAACAGAAGUUCCUUGAACUUCUUAAAAUGGAAAAAGUUGCUGCUGCAUUGGAUACACUAAGGAAUGAGAUCGUUCCUCUUCAUGUCAAUCUCGACUGUGUUCAUAAGCUUGCUUCCUGUAUCAUCUCUCCUUCGCAAUGCAUAAGACUUGGUAUUUCUAGUCAAGAUACUGAGGGUACAAAGUCGGGGUCAAAGAUUCUAGAAAAACUACAGAAGUUGCUUCCUGCUGCAAUCAUGAUUCCUGAAAAACGAUUAGAGCAUCUAGUUGAAAGGGCUCUUGAUGUUCAACGAGAGGCUUGCGUGUUCCAUAAUACCUCAGAUAGUGAUCUCUCUUUGUACUCUGAUCACCAGUGUGGAAAAAAUCAGAUUCCCUCCCAGACAUUGCAGAUACUAGAAGCACACAAAAAUGAAGUUUGGUUUGUGCAAUUCUCACAUAAUGGCAAAUAUUUGGGCUCAUCAUCUAAAGAUCAUUCAGCAAUUAUAUGGGAGGUUAAAGAAAAUGGUCAGGUGUUAUUGAAGCAUACCCUAUGCGGUCAUCAGAAACCAGUUUUAAUUGUUUCAUGGAGCCCAGAUGAUAGUCAAAUACUUACUUGUGGACAGGACGAGGUUAUUAGGCGUUGGGAUGUUAGUUCUGGAGAAUGCCUCCAUGUUUAUGAAAAAACUGGUGUCGGUUUGAUUUCUUGUGGAUGGUUUCCGGAUGGUAGAGGUAUAUUUGCGGGGAUGACCGACAAGAGCAUCUGUCUCUGGGAUUUGGAUGGAAGAGAUUUGGAGUGCUGGAAAGGACAGAGGACGCUUAGAAUCUCAGAUAUGGCCAUAACUGAUGAUGGAAAGAGGAUUAUUAGUGUAUGCAGAGAAUCUGCUAUUCUAUUGCUCGACAGGGAAGCAAAAUUUGAUAGAUUGAUCGAAGAGGUGGAUAUGAUUACUUCCUUCUCAUUAUCAAAAGACAACAAGUUCUUAUUGGUUAAUCUUAUGAACCAAGAAAUCCAUCUCUGGAGCAUAGAAGGUGAUCCUAAACUUAUUUCAGAAUACAAAGGUCACAAACGUACCCGAUUUGUAAUUAGAUCUUGUUUUGGUGGACUCGAUCAAUCUUUUAUUGCCAGUGGCAGUGAGGAUUCACAGGUUUAUAUAUGGCACAGAUGCUCAGGUGAGCUACUACUGGCAUUGCCUGGACAUUCUGGAGCAGUGAAUUGUGUAAGCUGGAAUCCAGGAAACCUUCACAUGCUAGCUUCAGCUAGUGAUGACGGAACAAUCCGGAUUUGGGGGUUAGAUCGCUUUAACCUGAAAGGUGGAGAGCAGAGCAAUGGUAGCAACCACCAUUGCAAUGGAAGGAGCUAAAUGAAACAAUUUGUAGUCUAUCAAAUGAUUCCUCUCAAAUCGGUGUAAAUUAUGCAAUUAUUUGUUUCUGUUCUUUGACAUCCUAAAGCAGGAAAAAGGCCAAAUGCUAUUCUGAUAUGACACUUUCAGCUUGAUAACCAUUUCUUUUCUUCACUGUCUUCCUUCCUGACGUGGGUUAUUGUAUUGCUAGUUUUCAAAUAUUAUAUAUCCAUGAUAGUUAUAUCUUUAUCA